AUGUACAAACUGUACAGAUGCAGAUUUGUCGCUGGCAUCUUGUUGUACCUAUCAGGAGCAUGUUUGACACAGUCGCUCAGUAACUGCCCUACGGAACUUCGGCGUGUCGGCGAUAGUGAGGACCGCCUGGUCUACAACUCGACACGCACACUGUCCUACAAAUUUAAAGGACAAUCGAGACCGUGGUAUAUAACUGCCGCUGUCACGGACGUGCGCCCCCCAAACGGCGAGUUCAUAAAUGGUGCAAACUCUGGGCAAGACUCACGUCAAGAGCUCAGUGUCUUUGUUAGCGUUCCGCGAGGAUAUGGUACAAGCCGAGAUGGAAGAGACAUCCGGGUCUGCUCGCAUAUGAUGGCAAGUAUCAACAAAACCACCGACAAUGCAGAUAAUGCGGAAUACUCGUGCAGAGGGGUCAUAAGCGAGAAAUGUAUCGAGGAAUAUGAGAAUGCAACCCUAUCUGUCCCUGCGCUCGGCCAAGAAUGCCCGGACUUUACCUCACUGAGACCAAACUUGAGCGAGGAAUGUACGAAUCAGGUAUUUGCCGGCAAUGAGAUUGUGCGGAACUUUUCCGCGACGCGCUGUUCACUCGACGAGAUGCCGCAUCUCAACCUUCCAGCUAAUUACACGACCUUUAGUGGGAAUUGGGCAGGCUUUGAUGGUGAUUACAAUGGUGAGGAUUUCGACCAAUACGAUAGAAGAGUUCAGAAAACUAUUCCUGUGUUGAUGUCGGUAGCAAAGGGUAAUGAUAGCAGUGAAAGCAAGCUGCUGUGUAUUGCCCCUAAUCAGGUUGUUGCGGGUAGUCGGAAACCUGAAUCGAAACUGGAAGAUGAAGAAGAUGAAAACUUGGCGUCGCAAGUUAGAGUUGGGGGCCAACACAUGAAGGACAUUUAUCAAGUCAUCCCCGCCCUCGACGGUGCAAGACUUUACUUUGAUCAUCAGUCUAGAACUACUGCUUUACCAAACAGCAUGUUUAAAACGCUCACUCUUACAUGGUUGUUCCUAUUGGGAACAUGUCUCGUCCAAAACUUCUCAUUACCGGAAGACUGCAGCCCCGGCGAGUUUCUUGUAGAUGAUUGGUUCAGGAACAACGUCUUCUUUAACGCAUCGGGUACCCUUCCACUGAAGCUCAAGGGACAGAAAGAUCCAUGGUAUAUCAGCACUGCUAUAACCGACGAACGCGACCCAAAGCGCCCAGGUAGGAGCUCCAUACAGUGGAUGAACAGUUUUAUAAGCGUGCCUCGACCACUUGUUGAGUCAAUCGAUAAUGAGACCAUCGAGGUCUCUUUAUACACGUUCCAAGGCCUCAACAGCAGCUCUGAGAACCCAGGCGAUACGGAUGGGUCCUGCAAAGGCGUCAUAAGUGACGCGUGCAUCGAGGAAGUUGAGAAUUCGACUCUCACGAUAAGUAAUCGUGACGCCCGUCCGAUCCCCGCGGCUUUGAACCUCACCGACGAAUGCAAGAAACACCUUACUUUCUACCAGUCAUUCCAGCCGCUGAAUAUUUCCACGGGGAAUUGCACAAUCGACGACAUACCACAUCUCGAUGUUCCUGACGGCUAUUGGACGUAUGGCGUUUCUCUCUCGUCUGGGGAGGAUGGUGGUGCCGACUACGAUUUCGACUCUUAUGAUAUGAGAGUUCAGCAGACCGUUCCAAUAUUCGCGGUGGUAUCGGGCGGCGAUAUCAGUGACGGGAAGAUGAUAUGUAUUGCUCCCAAUAAGGUUGUCCCAGGCAGUCGAAAGCCCGAACUGAAGCUAGAAGAAACCGAGGAUGAGGAUAAGGAAGAGAACACUGCGUCACGUGUUAGAGGUUUGGGGGCUGUUUUCCUUGGUUUUGGCGUUAUGAUCUUCAAUAUUCUGUAG